CUUGUGAAAUGAAGACGCGAUGAACCGCUCCCCACUCCUCCUCUCUUGUGCAGAUAUCCAAUAUCCAAUAUCCCCCUCCUCCUUGCGCCUCGUUGUCAGACGCCAGCAUUUUUUGACUCUACUUUAUUCUUUUUUUCUUGCACGAUAACCUCGAGACAUCUCUCCAGACACGACUGCCCCUGGGUGCCCGCCAACCAUGUGUUGUCCAUGCUUCUGUGGUGGCGCACACUACGGGUGGACCGACUAGGUUCGACUGCGAUCAACAAGGGAGAGCCCGCCGCCACUCUGCACGAGUCGACACACCGCGCCAGGAACCCGACCACCCCCCGACCGUUGUGCAAAACUUGCACUAAGUCUUGAGCCAGCACACGCCUGCUUCUAGUUCACCCUCACUCCCUCCGAGCCCGCACAUGCAACGCCCGUCACCGUCGUUUUUCUCCGCGAGCAUGCUACCCGCUGCCUUCUCUCGCGCCUUGUGUGUAUCUCUGCGACGGAGGCAUCGACCCUAGUCCGGGCAAUCUGGGACUCGAGGGCUAGCUUGCGACACUGCCCCGAACACCCCUUGCCAGGCGGCCUCCAUCACGGGCUGCUAACAUGGCCGAUCAACUCCAGUCGUCGGCGUCAGCUGUGGCAGACGCCAUGGCGACGAUAUCUUCGGCCGUGGGCUCCGAGCCUGCCUCCAUCCAGUGCUGCUGCGGCCGCGCAGACUGCGUCUUUUUAAAACACAACUGUGCUGUCCUCGAGAGUGUCGAGAAGGACGUUCAUGCGGCCGCCAAAAUGGGCCAGGUUUUGCUUGCCCGUCACGAAGCCUACAUGGCAGACGCUGAACGCGACCGGGUUGAGUUAACAAGCCGGAUAGAGGAACUCGAAGUCGACAAGCGGGAGCUCGAAGCCGACAACGUCAAGACUAUCCAAGAAAACCGCGACCUUCUCGACCAACUCGAGGCGCUCAACAGCACUGUGUCCGACGCCGAAACCCGUAUCACAAGCCUCGAGGCCGCGCUUCAAUCCACUCAAGUCAGCGCGAGGCGACUCGAAAGCGCCGCAGCCCGUGCCGCCGAGCUCGAACGCGAACUCGAGUUCCUAGAAAGGGAACAGGAGAGGAUACAGAAUGAUCUCUUCAACUCGCAACGCGAUGCGCGCACGGCGAUCCAGCGCUGGAAGACGGCCGAAAGAGGCGUUUUCAACCUCCAGCAGCAGUUGGAGCGGAUAGAACAAGAGGCCAGGGAAGAGCGGGCACGACACGCCGAGGUUGUCGAGAGGAUGGAUAGGCAGCGCGCCAUGGAGAAGGACCUGAACGCUGCUGCCGGCCGUCUCAAGGGCGCCGCAGCCGUUAAGACUAUCGGCGACGGCAAGUCCUCAACCAACCCUGUGGUGUCGCAUUUUGUGCGCGACCUCCUGCAAGACAACGCGAACCUGCAGCUGGGAGUUGCUGAGCUGCGCGAGCUUCUCAUGAACAGCAACGACGAGAUUCAGAUGCUCCGGGAGCAGCUCGAGUACCACCAGCCUGUGGCCAACAACGAAGUCAGCGCUGCGUCGACGCUGAGGGCUGAAAUAGGGCCCGGAGAGAUCGACGAGGAGUCCGAGGAAGAGAUACAACCACGCCUGCACAAUCUGCAGCAUACCCGCAAGGUCUCUCAAGAGGUGCACAUACAUCACCACUACCACGUCAAACCCGAGGCGAAGAAGCCCAAGAAGAAGCGUUAUCUGUUGAACGCGAGCGUCUUCACACCGCCCACGAGGUCACCUUCAACCCCACCAGGGGGUCAGUGGCGCGCACCCGCGAUGCUGUCUCACGGCCACAGAGAUUCUGUUUCGACCGCCCAGACGCACCGAUGGUCUCUCUUUUCAGAGCCCUUGUCCGACAUUGCCCCCUCCUCGGUCCCCACGUCGCCGCAGUCCAACCCACGCGAUUCUAUGUUUGGGCAUAUUGCGCCAGACGAUAUCUGUCCUCCAUCACCACUCAACUUUGCAGACCCUAUGCCCCCUGCAUGGGGCCGCUCUCAUCGUAGACACGCCUCGGAUGCCUCAGCACGCAGCUUCCAGCCGUCCUCGUCCUUUCCUCCCCGACAGCCCGACCACUUGCCGCAGCCCUCCCCCGAACGGGAUGUGGCUGUUAAGCAUUCUGGGGCAGCUGCAGAGACUGCCUCGGUGCCGACAAACGGGACCACCAACUUCGAGGACGACUCUACGCCUACACCGUCGCUCACGUCAUCCCUUGAUGCCUCUCAACAUCUUGGCAAGUCUCCUGCUAGUGCUGAGGGUGCUGACAGUGACGCUCUGUCCGCCAUGGGUACCACGCCGGCUACUACGCGCCGUCACAACCUACGGCGCAGGGAUUCGCAUGAGUCCAUCAUGUCCCUUUCGGGGGGUCUUGAUAUCCACACUCUCAAGGCCCGUCCCAGCCAGCUGACGUUCCGGCACAUCAACGCAGCGGCGGGCACGGGGCUGAGUGCCGUGACUGUUACUGCCCGGCCUAGCAUUUCCGUCACGACAGAAGACGGCAAGAGCGGCAGUGCUGUGCUGCGCGAUAGUCUUGGCCUCGGCCUGCCCUUACCCCGACCCCGUAUCACAUCAGCCGGCGGCCCGCCUUCUACAUCUUCUUCUGCCUCCUCCUUCUCAUUAGCCUCGGCCUUGUCCACGUCGACGCCAAGGCAGCCCUCGGCACUCGGCAGACUGGCCUCCUGGCGGCCCUGGGGAGGCUCUUCCCCACCGGCCCCCGGCCCCAAGACGCCCAAGAUACCCAGUCCCUCGCCGCUGUCCCCGACUGCUGCGGCUGCAACGAAAUCGCCCAAGGAGCAGGAUUUUUCUCGCCCCGCAGGCAUCAACCAGGCCGGUGCGAUCCCGGGGUUCCAAGAGUAUUUUGCCACCCACCAGAAGCGGAUGCCGCCGAGCAAGGUCAAGCCGGAUGCGGUUGAUACGGAUGCCCUCAGGGACGGACUUCAGGAGGAGGGAUAGACCCUCUCCUUGCUUCCAUCACCAACUCUCCCCCCACCUAGCGAGUCAGUAGGCGUUUAAAUUACCCUUUGACACUCGCCCCUCUGGUUCCCCAUCAGAUUCCUCCCGACUUUCUUCCGCUUGGGUUCCCUUGCAGCCCGUGUCUUCUAUUACCUGCCAUCAAUAUCCCCUUGUCAUAUGUUACUCCUCUCGUCACGUGCAUCUUAUUAUCAUCUGUCACUCUAUUAUAUCCUUGCAUCUGCGGCGGCGUUUGGGGCAUCUCUUGACCUUUACACGACUACCUGCCUGUUUAUCAUCCUGCCCUGACUGCAUCUCCUUGGUCAUAAUAUCCAUGUCACCGGCACUAGCGUGAAGGCUGGCUUUCUCAUACUCCUGUCAAUCACGGUCCUAUUUCUUAUGUCCAAUUUUCUUUUGUAUAACGCCCUGACAAUCCGCUAAGAGGGUACUCCCCCCUUCCUUUCCGUUUCACCGCGUCUUGGCAGACUUUAUCGCAAGGCGGACGAGCCCAAAGAGAAUGUGUUGAUACCCCAGUCUCGCGCUUUUUGCGUGUUGACAAUAUGCUACCUAUAUAAUCUUGAUCUAGGAGACACUUUUGGCUCAAGUGUUGGCCAAGUCUCUGAUCUAUCUCUUAAUCUAAAUAAUCUACAUUGUCAUGUCAUUGCAAUGAUUGUCGGAAGAGGGAAGCAAACCUACCA